GCUUACAACUUGACUCAUCAGAUUUAAAAGUGGCAAUGCUAUGUACGUACCUCAUUGACUUUCAAAUUUUCCUGCCUUUUUUCACCAUGGACGACGAACCAGAGCAACCGCCGCUUUCAACUCGCCGCCGACGCAACUCCAUAUCAAACCCCGUCCAACUCCCUGCAAAGCUAACUCUCCAAACAGCCACCAGCCUCGCAUAUGGAGACGCCUCCUCACUGCCGCUUGACCUCGAGCUGAUCUCCCUCAAAACCUCCUUAGCUUCCUAUACUUCACUCAAAGACAUCAUCUCUUCUUCCGCCGUUGCUAUCAACUCCCCAACCACUGCUGGAUCUGCUGCCAAUUCCGGGUACGAAAUCUCCAUCCGUAACCGUUUAGUAAAACAGGCGGCUUGGGCUUAUCUUCAGCCCAUGUCAGCUUCCCCUGACUCCUCUGGUCCUCAAUUUUUCCGUCGGCUUUGGCUUCGGUUCUCUUCUCAAAACCCCAUCUCUUCUUGCCUUCGGUUCUUCCACCACAUACUCCUGCCUGGUCUGACCCGAGUCGUUGAUCGGAUCCUCCGAUCCAUUGGAAUCCACUUUACCAGAUAACAGAUAAAGGUUUGGUACGGCGGAGCUUGAGACGAGCCUGUUGGAGCUUGGAGUCACUUGGGGACUCUGGCACGGAAGUGUCAUCGCUUUGGUCGUACUCGUAUUCUGAUUGGUUGUCAAGUUGGAAGUGGGCAUGUUUAGACUUGGGUGAUUCUACGACGGAGCGGUUGAUUGUCAUUGAAGUCAAACUCUUGCUCUUCCCUGAUUGACUACGGAGUCCAUUUGGAGGUGGUACUUGAAUGUCUGGAUUUUGCUGAUCAGAUUUCUGCAAAAGGUUUGGUGAAAUAACAUUGGAGAAUUAGAAAUUUUAGUGCUAAUUGUUUCAAGUUAUGCUCAUUGAUCUUGUACAUGAAAAUGAAAGUAUUAAGCCAAUAAUUGAUGAACCAGAGUUUGAUAAACAUUUUUCGUGUGGUGUGUUGAUUCUGCUUGUCUGCUACUGAGAAAUGCUGGUUUGUUUCUUCUUUUCGAGUUAGUAUCAAACAAAGGGUAGAAAUUAGAAUAACAUGGAAGGAAGAUUACCUGAUUGCCAUGUUUUAACCUUGAAGAUUGGACUGCCAAAUAUUGAAGUAUUUCGAAGAAUUUUGUCCUUCCCAAUUCUGUGCAGUUUUGCCAGUAGUACAAAGCAAAGUCCCAUGCUCUAGCUUUCAACUCCUGUAUCUUUCUAUCCACUUCGGUUUCAUGUCUUACCAUGAAAGGCCGCAACAAGGUGUCGUAUACAUAAGCAGUUCCCUACAUCAUCAAAAGCUUAUUAUUGUCAAUUGAUCAGCUGAAAAUUUGCAGAAAAAAUAAAUUGUACGUUUUGCUUUUACCUUGGUUUUAGGAUACCAUAGGUAGAUUAAGAGCGUAAUCUUCAGCUCGCCAUACAUGGGCAACCUUCAGGACAGUUAAAAUCUAAUAUUAUUAUUCUAAGCAAUCAGAUUGAACUAUGAAAGUUCAGAGAGCUCUCUAUACCAUGAAAUGAAUAUGUCCCCUAUCCUCUCAAAAACUGUCAGAAACGCCAAAAGUAUCCUGCAAAAUUCAUUGCCACCACAACUUUUAACUUAUUACAAAGCUAAAGAAACCAAGCACAGGCCACAAUGGAAGAUUGGUUGAAGUGUGUUUUUUUAUGGUAAUAACAGAAUGGAUAAAAACAAGUUACCCAUGUCCCUAUUCAAUGUGGUGGUGAUCGAUAGGUUAAGUUGUUCUAACUAUCAACUUAUCCAUAAAUCAAAGAAAUGGCAUUCAGGCAUUAUCCAUCCG